AUGAACUCCACUUUUGCCGACAUGCUUUUCCCUGCUGACGAAGCACCUUACCUGUCGACCUAUGUGGAUGAUAUAUUGUCCCUCAGUAGUACUUCAGCCAAAUCUACAAGCUCGAGUGAAAUGGAAUCUUUGAUGGAUGUAAAAACACUAGUUGUUCUCGAGUCAUGUCUCGAUGUUGAUGUUGAUUUAUCGCCAGAGAAUGAGUUAGCACAAGAUCAGUUAAUUGCCCUGAAACCUUCCUUGUUUGAAUUCAGAGAUGAACAACGUUUAUGUCCUAAAUUAAUGCCAAUCAUUCAGUAUCUAACAGAUCUAAGUCCAGAACAGUCUCCUGAGAAGCAUUCAAAAUUUCAAGGAUACGAG